AUGUAUAUUUUCUUUGGGAGUAGAGAGAUAUUAGAAUCAUCAUCAUUGUCCUCCUCAACCAAACCUAUACAAUCAUACCCAAGAGAUCGUAGACAAGCAGGUACCACGUGGGCUGUACCAGAGUCACCAAUUAAACUUUACGGAUGGGCCGAGUUAAAGGUAGAUGCAGCUCAACUUGCUGCCUAUGGAUACUUGAACCAAUUAAUCAUACUAUUAAAUCAACAAGAGAAUCAUUAUAAUCAUAAUCAAUUAAAAUGGUUUAAAUCUUCUCCACCAUCCUCUUCAUCUUCUUCUAAUACUACUACUACUACUCAAUCUCAGUACUUUAUACCAAAUUUAGAAGGAAUAAUAAUGUUGGCAUGUAAAAAGAAUAGAAUAGAGAUUUUAGAUUAUCUAUUUGAUCGGUAUGGAGGACACUUGAAAGAAGUUGGUUAUUAUAUACAAAAGUAUGCGUGUCGGUAUGGUAGAGACGAUCUAUUCCAACACACGGUCGGAUUACUCGGACAUGUAUACUAUGGAUUGCAAAAUGAUAUAUUGGGUGGUGCCAAUACCAACAUUAUAACCUAUUGUCUAGAGUUGGAUAGAAAGGCGGCGGCAACAACAGGAUCAAUGUCAAACAUCCCAUCUAAAUAUCUUGUACCUCGUCAAGAAAUAUUACAACAUGUAAACAAAUGGUUAUCACUACCAACCCUACAAUACCUUUAUCAACAUCAUGAAUACAACAUUGUAUUUACACAAUCCAACAAUAAUUCAUUUCUUAAAGCUGCAACGAUGCACAACAAGUUGGAUGUUGUUCGGUUCAUUGUAGAGAAUAAAAUAGAGGACACCAAGAAUGUAGGGAGAGAAAGUUUGUUUGAUUAUGCUGCACGUAUAGGUCGGUUAGAAAUCAUUCAAUAUCUUCACUCUAUCGAUCUGUGUACAUCAUCCUCAUCCUCAUCAUCAUCAUCAUCAUCAUCAUCGCCGUCAUCGUCGGGUGUUGUUGUAACAGAGGCUGCUAUUGAUCAGGCAGCUCGUAAUGGAUAUUUGGAUAUAGUUUGUUUUCUUGUGGAGAAUAGGACAGAGGGUAUGUCGUAUAGGGCAAUUGAAAAGGCUGCCAAAUUUAAUCAUUUGGAGAUUGUAAAGUAUCUACAUACAAAUACAACAGCACCGUGUACGCACAAGGCUAUGGAUCGGUCAGUCGAGUUUCCAGAUAUAUUCAUAUACUUGUAUAACAAUCGAAAGGAGGGAUACAGUAAACAAGCGACACGAUCCAUCAUGUUGGCGGCUGGGUCAGUCCUGUGUCCCCCGGACCACACCAAUAGCUUCUUGGACGUUAUCAAACUCAUCCAACAAGAUGACGAUAAGGAGAAAUUCAAUUUUGGACUAGACCGUCUUUCAUUGGCUAUCCCUCGUCACGAGUUGACCGAUGAUUGUGACGUGUUCAAGUUUAUGGUCAAGUUUGUUGUUGACUCUACGUCGGUCGUGUCAUCAUACUCACCAAUGAUGCAUCGUGCCAUUGAAAACAAUCAACUGUCAUUGGUACAGUGGAUGCAACAACACCUCUUAAUCGACUACACAUCCAACUAUUUCCAAUCGGCUGCCAACACGAGUGAUGUGCGUAUGCUGAGGUAUAUGCUCGAGACUGAAAACAGCCCAUUUAUCAACACCAACCAUUCCACUCAUGUCAACAACCUCUCACUGGCUUUUCUAACAGCCGUACUCUCCAACAACAUGACUAUUGUCGAAUACCUAUUAGACAAUACACAACAACUAGUCAACUACUCUAUUACAUUUGACUUGUACUCUACAGUCAUCAGACAAGGCAAUGUUACACUUUUAAAACGUUUAAUUACUGUCUCUUCCUCCAAUCACGAUGCAUGUGGUGGUGGUCAGACAACUGCAGUACUAGACUUUAAAGUAUUUAUUGCAUCUGGUACAUUUUUAAACGAUUUAAAUUAUGCUAUUGAUAAUGUAUGUCUAGAGAUGAUAAAGUAUCUAUUUGACAAUUACGAUCAUGUCGAUAGAACUGGUAAACGUCUGGCACUGGUCUUUUUCCAUUAUCACAAUAUCACGUCAGAGAUGAUCGAGAUGAUUCGAUAUCUUACUGUCAACAAACAAGUUAUAACAAUGCCAAAUGUCAAGGUUGGGUCUCGUGCUCCUCGAGAGUUGGGAUUUUAUCUAUUGACAACGGUCAACACUGCCAAACAACCACCAACCUAUAUCAAUAUUGUAGACCUAUUUAUUCUGCAAAGACUUGAUAAACAAAGUUGGAGUAAUCUUUUGGAAGAGGCAAUUGUUUGUGAAAAUGUUGAUCUUGUUAGAUUCAUAUUGUUCAAUACCAAUGCAUCAAUGACACCAAAACUCAUUCAAACAUUGACUCAAAAUCAAUAUCCUCAUAUUAUUCCAAUCAUAGAUAAUCAUUCUCAUCUUAAAUCUCCAAUAGAUGGUAGACGACAAAUUAAACUAUAUUAUUCUAUCAAUAAUGAUGAUAAUAAUAAUCAUCAAGAAAAAAAAUGUAAUUUACAAUAA